GCUUGGCUUCUUCAGUACUUGAAAAACUCAAAGGAUAGAUUAGAAUCUGAGAGCUUCGAGAAAAAUGGAGUUGUUCCUGGUGACGUUGAAAACCCUGUUGUCGUUAGCCCUUGCAGCAGCCGUUUGGUACUUGUUCCAUUACUACAGCAGCAGCUGGCUCAGAUUUCAAAGGGUUAGAAAGAAGCUGUGCGUGCAAGGCAUCAGUGGACCACCCCCUUCAUUUCUGUCGGGCAAUUUACAAGAGAUGCAGCAAAUUGAGUUGAAGGCAAGCAAGGCUCGAAACCACUCCGAAAUCGUUGCUCAUGACUACACUUCCACGCUCUUCCCAUACUUUGAUCACUGGAGAAAAGAAUACGGUCAAAUAUACACAUAUUCGACGGGGCUAAGGCAACACCUGUAUGUAAACGACCUGGAGAUAUUGAAGGAACUGAACCAGUUGAAUACUUUGCAGUUGGGAAAGGAUUCUUAUAUGACGAAGGUACUCCAACCCAUGCUUGGCAAUGGCAUUAUAAGAUCCAAUGGCCAGCUUUGGGCCCAUCAAAGGAAGAUCAUUGCGCCAGAGUUCUUCAUGGACAAGGUUAAGGGCAUGGUGGGGCUCAUGGUGGAAUCAACGGUGCCGUUGCUUAAAAAAUGGGAAGCCGCAAUCGAUGCAAAAGGCGGUCUGGCGACCGAGAUAAACGUGGAUGAUGAUUUUAGGAGCUUUUCAGCCGAUGUUAUUGCAAGGGCAUGUUUCGGGAGCUCUUAUGUUAAAGGGAAACAGAUAUUUUCCAAGCUUAGGACCAUGCGAACCACCAUUACCAAGCAAGGCUUUCUUUUUGGUCACAAUAGUUCAAGGUUUCUUCCCAACAACAAGAAGGUUAGCACUCUAGAAAGAGAAGUAGAGUUGUUGAUUUGGGAGACUGUGAACCAACGCCAACAAGAAUGCUUAGACAAAUCUUCGGGUCAAAAAGAUUUAAUGCAGCUGAUAUUAGAAAGUGCUGUGAAUGAUGCGAGUGUGGCGCCGCAGAAGUUUAUAGUUGAUAAUUGCAAGAAUAUAUACUUCGCUGGCCAUGAAUCCACUGCCAUCACUGCCUCCUGGUGCCUGAUGCUACUUGCUCUACAUCCUGAGUGGCAAUCCCAUAUUCGACAAGAGGUGGCUAAAGUUUUCACUAAUGGCCUGCCUGAUGCAGACUCCAUAUCUCGAUUGAAAAUGGUGACUAUGGUGAUUCAAGAAACCAUGCGGCUUUACCCGGCGGGAGCAUUUGUGACUAGGGAGGCACUGGAGGAGACUCGAAUUGGGAAUAUUUUGGUUCCGAAAGGGGUGUGCAUGUGGACUGUGAUUCCAACUUUGCAUCGGGAUCCUGACAUAUGGGGACCAGAUGCUAAUGAGUUCAAGCCUGAAAGAUUCAUCAAUGGUGUCUCCAAAGCUUGCAAAUCCCCACAAGGUUAUAUCCCAUUUGGUUUAGGCACUCGGUUGUGCUUGGGUAAGAACUUUGCAAUGGUUCAAUUGAAGGUUCUUCUAGCUCUUAUCGUCUCCAAAUUUACUUUCUCUCUAUCUCCGAGUUAUCGCCAUUCUCCUGUUUUUCGGAUGCUUGUUGAACCUGAACAUGGUGUAUAUAUCCAAAUACAGAAGCUCUGAUAAAGCGACUCUUCGCUGGCUUUAAGCCUGAUUAUUAUUACUAAUGUAUGAAAUAAAGCUUUUAUAUAUGCAAUUUAUUUUAGUUUUUUAUAUUUUACAUGAAAGGAC